AAAGGACACAGGAAAGAAGAUGGACUGGGGAACUCUGCAGGCUGUUUUAGGAGGUGUAAAUAAGCACUCCACCAGCAUUGGGAAGAUAUGGCUCACAGUCCUGUUCAUCUUCCGCGUCAUGAUCCUGGUGGUGGCUGCAGAGAGAGUCUGGGGAGAUGAGCAACAAGAUUUUGUCUGCAACACACUUCAGCCUGGGUGCAGAAAUGUUUGCUAUGAUCAGUUUUUCCCCAUCUCCCACAUCAGACUCUGGGCCCUGCAGCUGAUCUUUGUCUCCACGCCGGCGCUGCUGGUGGCCAUGCAUGUAGCUUACAGGAGGCACGAGAAGAAAAGGCGAUUCAGGAAGGGAGAGAAAAUUGAUAUUGAAGAGCUGAAAAAUGAGAAGUUUCACAUUCGGGGCCCCCUGUGGUGGACAUACACCACCAGCAUCUUCUUCAGGAUCGUCUUUGAAGCAGUCUUCAUGUACAUGUUUUAUUACAUGUACAACGGGUACCAGAUGCCUCGCCUGGUGAAGUGUAGUGCUUGGCCCUGCCCCAACACAGUGGACUGUUUUGUGUCUCGGCCCACUGAGAAAACCACAUUUACUAUUUUCAUGCUUGCUGUGUCUGGGAUCUGCAUGAUGUUGAAUCUGGCUGAGUUGUGUUACCUAGUUUUAAAAGUUUGCAUGAAAGAACCCAGGAAAACAACAGUUUUAAAAUAAUGCCCCAGUUUCAGGAUCUCCUAGUUCCCAAUUUCCCUCAAAGUUUCUUAGGUGUCAGAAAACAAUCAGCAAUAUUUUCACACUCAAGGAAAAGGA